GAAUCCACAUUUUCACUCUUUCCUUUCAAACCCCUCAUUCUCUUUCUUCACAAAUGGCUUCAAAAUCCUCACUCAUUCUCUGUGUUCUUGCAAUCUGGACCCUUGAUUUAGCCCAAGGUGCUUCAUCAACCCAUCAAGCUCCAACACCAUCAUUGGACUGCACAAACCUUGUCUUAACAAUGGCUGAUUGUUUGUCUUUUGUGACAAACGGAAGCACAACAACAAAACCAGAAGGUACUUGUUGUUCUGGUCUGAAAUCUGUUCUCAAAACUGCUCCUUCUUGUCUCUGUGAGGCGUUCAAGAGUAGUGCUCAGUUUGGUGUUGUCUUGAAUGUUACAAAAGCUACCUCUCUUCCUGCUGCAUGCAAAAUCUCUGCUCCUUCUGCUACAAAAUGUGGAUUGUCUGAAACUCCUACUUCCGCUCCUGCUCCUGCUGCUGCCCCUGCUGGAGGGCUCUCUCCACAAUCAUCAGCCACUUCUCCAACAUCUUCUGGUUCAUCUUCAAGUGUGAGUGGUCCUGUAAAUGAGUUAUCUCCAGCACCAACACCAUCUCUAGGAAGUACAGCAUCAGAACUAUUCCCAAUUUCAAUGGGAUCCUUACUUGUUUCUCUGUUGGUGGCUAUAAUAUUACUUUUUUAAAAUGAGUUUUCAUCUUUUCAUUUUGAGAUUAUAGAUGACAUGAGAGGGAUUAUUUUGAUGCUUUCUUUUGAGUUUUUACCAUAUGUGUGACUUAUUACUAGGAAUGACUCAAACUUAUUUACAUAUUGUACCCUCUUUAUGAUAUUAUUAUAUAUGGCUAUAUAUAUUUAUAUAACAAUUUGAAUAGCUAUAUUAUUUAUUGUUGUUUUUUGUGAGAAGUAUUUGUGUGGAAGUAAUCUCUAUAGGACUAAAAUGUAUUUCAAGUAUGCACUAUAAUUUAGUGCUAAAGUUUUUUCACAAAAUGGUUUUCAUAGUCAUCACACACAACUACCUACCUCUCUUGGCAAAAGUAUUUUUGGUAGAGAAAGAUUCCCAUGUGAUGUGCUUAUUGUUUUUAUGGUUACCACUCACCACAACCACAUAGGUGGUGAGAUUAUUAUUUAGACAACAAUACUCAUGGGAUGGACCUCUAAUAAAAUAUCAUUGUGA